AUGUCGUUCGGCUUCUCGAUCGGUGACUUCAUUGCCGUCGGCCAACUACUCAGCCGUACGCUCGAUGGUCUACGCAGCGUCGCCAAUGACAUAUCGGAUGAGUUGCGCGAGUACAACAAGACCUCGUCGUCGACAGGAGGCGCAAGAAGAGCCAAAAUGAAGUUUGCACUUCUAGAAAACCCAAGGGAGGCAGAGUCCAGAAUUACGCUUCGGGUCUCAAUGCUGAAUACCUGCAUGGCAAUCAUUAUCUGUGAUUCUGUGACGAAGUCAAGGCUGCAACCCUAUGAGCCUGAUCAACUCGUUGUGCAUUCGGAUAACACCAUCAAUGCCAUUGGAACACUGCAGUCUUCACCAUCCACGAAUAAUUACCCAGUGGAGCGACCGGCACAGAAAUGGGUGACUGCAUUUCAACACGCCAAGCAGAAAGAAACGUUCUGGUCUCUCCACAAACCGGCAAUCGCAGCUCGUGGAUUCUUCGACUAUUGUGCUACAGCUCAGCCUGUUCCAGGAACACCGAGGAUCAACCAUGUCGAUUACGAGCUGAGCAUCGUUGACAACGUCGUCGUUGGGACAUCGCGGGGUACCGGCGGGACUGCCAAUAUCAGGGGAGUCAUCGAUCCAUCCGGCCGGCGCAUCUCUUUCCAAAAAACGUAUGUGAAAGGACAGUGCAAGGGACUCGUCUGGGAAAACAAGGGAAGUUUCACUGCUUGUGGUAUCGCUGGCGAGUGGUGUUAUCCAGGCGAUCCUCCAAAGAUAGCUCAUCACCGGGGUUCGUUCGGCAUUUGGUUGCGAGAGGACGAAGAUGCCAGCGGGCAGACCAUGGAUGAUCAGCUGAAAAUGCUUACAGGCGAAGGCAAGAUCCUUAGCAGGUCUUUGACGUUCGAGUAG